GCUCGCUGAAGGAAGAAAGAGGGGGGGAGGGCCCGAUGGGUGGAGGAAGGGAAACCGAAUGUGACCCUGUAGGGAGAGACGCUGUAAGUGACGGUAUCGACUUUGAGGCUCUUCUCUCCCUCCCAAAAAAACAGAAAAGAAAAAAAUGGCAGCAGCGUUAAACCGGUGAUGAACAAGGUCACCCAGAUUCAAGCCAGCUGGCUCUAUUCUCCGCCUACAAAUCCGAGCAAAGUGAUUGUGUAGUCACAUACCAUGGGACUCCAAGAUCCCGUGAAAUUAAUUGGUCAAUAUUACUAGUCACUGAUUGCCGUUAGAAUGGACAGCGAUGGAUAAAACUGGGAAGACAGGCCGACGUGGAUCUUCUGACUACAGAUUGCAGCUCAUCUGGAAAAGCAAGUGGGGUCGGGUCCAUGGAAGAGAAGAACACUUUCGGCGAUCAGCCCUCUCCUUGUCCCGGAAGUUGGGACCUCUAGUCAAACCCGAUCAAGGGCCUCCUCUCUUUGCUGCUGCCGGCCUAUGACCGACCGAAUUUAGCUUCUGAUUCACUGGCGUUGUUGAUACUACUACGUAUCAUGAUCGAUCUCGAUGUGACCAUCUAACCGGUCGAUCGGACCUUCACCCUGCCUAAUUACCUUGCAGCGGGCGAAACGCCAUAGCCGUCACAAUUUAUAGUAAGUAGUGUAGUAAUCCUGCAAGGCAGGUAGGAAAUAGGAAAUUUGUGAGAUGGCGUAGGCACACUUCCUCCCUGUCUUGUUUUGCUGUACAGUGUUAUUUAUUGGUGUGUUAUUCAGUGGCUUUGAUUAACUUUCAUCCUAACCGUCUUCAAUCUAGGCGCAUACUGUUUGGGGAUAAGCUAUGACUUGUGAUGCACUUGGU